AACAUUGCGACGUCAUCACUGUGCGCCGUAAGCUGUUUUGGAAGUCGCGUCAUUUGCACUGUUCGACCGCAGACUGCACGAUUAAAAGGCAUUUUUACUUCAAAACAGGAUGCCUUUACCUCCGGCACUACUGGCCCGCUUGGCCAAGAGAGGGAUUGUUAAGCCAACAGAGCAUGAGGCAGAUGAAGAGAUUAUUGCUGAAGAUUACGACGACAACAAUGUAGAUUACGAAGCCACCAGAAUAGAGAAUCUACCACCAAACUGGUACAAAGUAUUUGAUUCUGCUUGUGGUCUUCCUUAUUACUGGAACAUAGAGACAGAUUUGGUGGCCUGGCUUUCCCCAAAUGACCCAUCUGCAGUGGUAACAAAACCUGCCAAGAAAAUCAGAGCUGAGGGGGGAGAAGAAAGAGUCGAGAGGCAGUUAGAGAAGCCAGACAGAGAGCGGGAAAGAGAAAGAGAGCGAGAACGUGACAGAGACCGCGAUCGGGAAAGGGACCGGGACAGAGACCGAGACAGAGAGAGGGACGACGGAAGAGACAGAGACAGAAGGAAGCCGAGGAGAGAAGACAUAGCACCGUACAGUAAAAACAAAAGAGGUAGAAAAGAUGAUGAGAUGGACCCCAUGGAUCCAAGUGCUUAUUCUGACGCUCCAAGGGGCUCGUGGUCAAGUGGGCUGCCCAAACGUAAUGAAGCUAAAACUGGAGCAGACACCACAGCAGCGGGGCCUCUCUUCCAGCAGCGUCCAUACCCCAGCCCAGGAGCCGUGCUUCGGGCUAACGCAGCAAACCAGAUACCCAAGGAGUGAGAAGAAAUCCAAGAAGACGCCAGCUCAAAAACACACAACAGUUCAGCUUUUCUUCCUCUCAUCUUGCUACUACAGACUGACAGUUUUUCUAUUAAUUGUAGAAUGUGUUAGAAACGUAGUGCUGAGCUUUUAAACCACCAGUGCUUUCAUAUUUCACGUGGAACCCGUGGAGCAGCUGUAAAUAUGUUUUUAUAUGACCUAAAGAUUGACUUUCUUGUUGUUACUAGAAACAUCAGUGAACAUGAUAAUAAAUUUCAGGACUACUGUGAA